CCAAACACACACACACGGCCAGCAAACACAAUUUUCAGCUGGCCAAAAAAAACGAAAAGUUUGUUCAUCCUUAAUCUUUUUGUUUUGUCCCACAAUCAUAAAUGGAAAAAUUACAAAUUCAAAGCCCAGAGUGUAUUCAAUUAAAUUGUGCAAAUUACAACCUAGAGGAUAAUUGAAAAAUCAAGGCACACACCUGCGCACAUGUCUGUGAGAGUGUCCUGCUUGUAUAUGCGUAUCUGUGUAAGGGCACCUGCGGCUGUAUGUGUGUUGAAGGCUAAGCAGAAUCAGCAGCCACGGAAAAGCCAACAAGUAAAAUAAAAAUUGCAUGUGCCCCAAAAAUCGGAAAAUUGGAAAUGGAAUAUUGCUCGACCACAAAUGAAAAAUACAACAGUGCAAAAAGUGACAACGUUUAAAAGAUAUUUUACACGCCAGAAAAUCAAAAUAUUUCAUGGCAGCAAAGCCAUAAAUCCUACCCCCUCAAAAUUAUCUUAUCUGAAAAGAAAUCCAUUUAAUUUAACACCACCAAAUGCAUGCAUUAAAAUAUUAUUUGAUUGAUUUAUUAGUGAAUAAAGGCUGCUUAACGUUUCUUUGAGGGGCGGCCGACUUUGGUUAGAUAAAUAUGUCUUAAGCCCACAAUUAUCUAGAUAUUUUACAGUUCUUGCCUGUUGCAGCCAAAGAGUUAGCAAACAAAGUGAUAAAGACAAAGUGUUCAAGACAAAAUGUAAUAAAUAUUAUUAAAUAUACAAAAACGGAAUAAAUUACUUAAUAAUUAAACGCUAAACUGGAAUUCGGAGCAAUGUCAAGGCACAGGUCUCAACAGGAUGUCCCGUCUAAGAUGCGCACAAUUAGCUUAAACUGACAGCAGGAUGUGGAUAGCAGCAGCAGCAGCAACAACAACAACAGCCAGAAUUUACAAGCAAAAGGAUAAUCACAAUCACCAUGCAGCGAAAUUAAACACCAAAAGCCGAUAACUAACAACCGAACUAUUAUCGAACUAUUUUAAAACAACUUAAAUGUAGCACAACAGAAGCCUUACAAAACAAGAAAACAACAUUUGUGCUGUGCUUUAAUUAUAGUCAACAAAAAAAUACAACUACCACGAAAAGAACCCCGAAAACCGCGUAAUUAUUACACAUUAAAUAAUAAUAUAAAUAAUCAUUAUUCUUCCACUUGCGAGUUUGAAAUGUGUACAUUUUUAAAUCGAUAUUUAAACUAGUAGCGAAUUAUUAAUACCAAAUGAUAUAUAUAAACGAAUAACUGUUUAACGUUCAUUAAAACUUAGCAAAGAGCGUUGUGAAUUUAACAAAGAAAACAAAUUAAUUAAACGGUUAACGAUCCUCUAAAUUGUACGCAAUUAGUAGUUUUUAAACGUAAGAUUUUAAUCCAAAGGACAUUUUUAAACGAGCUUCAAACACACACGAAAAAUAUAACACACCUACACACACACACACAACCGGGCAGAAACUUAUCCUUAACCUUAACCACGACGGCAGGAUUGUAAGGGUAACAAUCAAAUGCUUGGCUCAGCGCCAGAAAUACAGCCCAAAAAGUAGGCAGUAGAAAUUUAUACAAAUUUGGCGCCAGCGGUGAAAAAAGGACGAAAAAAGAAGGCAGAAAAGCAGCGCCAAGGACUCCGACGACCUUCGCGUGUGCAAGCGUCGUUGCACAAUAAAGGACGCCACUAACACUCUCACCCAGACAAACACACACACAUACACACUUAACAACUCACCUAGACACAUAGAAAACACACACACACACAGAUAAACACACCCAAACCACAGGACAAUUGCAUGGGCGGCCGCCAUGACCGGAAGUGAAGUACGGUCACGUCCACGUCCACUGGCCUUUGCAUAACAAUCAGCCCGCCAAGGAGCCGCCAAGAAGGUGGGUGGUGAAAGCGGGGAGAAAGCCAGCGAAAGCAGGUGAAAUAGCAGCAGAAGGAGGAGCAGGCAGAGGAGAGCAAAAGGACUAAGAACAACGAGCACAGGAGCGCCACUUUCACCCGCCAGCGGCCCGUAAAAAUGCAGGAAAUGAGCUACCUGCAGGAUAAUUCCAAGGUGGAGGCCCUCACCAAGGCGGUGCUCAUAUCCAUACUGGGCGUGGCCAUCGUCCUGUCCAACCUCCUCAUCAUCGCCACCUAUGCCAACUUCAAGGGUCCCACAGAGGUGAUCAACUACUACCUGUUGUCCUUGGCCAUUGCCGAUCUGCUCUGCGGACUGCUGGUGGUGCCCUUCUCCGUGUAUCCCGCCUUGACCGGGGAAUGGAUGUACGGCGACAUCGUGUGCCGAUUCACGGGCUACCUGGAGGUCACUCUGUGGGCGGUAUCCGUCUACACGUUCAUGUGGAUAUCAGUGGAUCGCUAUCUGGCCGUUCGCAAGCCACUGCGAUACGAAACGGUUCAGACGAAGACGAGAUGCCAGUGCUGGAUGGUGUUCACCUGGAUAUCGGCGGCCCUGCUCUGCUGCCCACCGAUUCUGGGCUACUCGAUGCCCAUCGAGAACAACAUGACGCACAUCUGCAUGCUGGACUGGGGGAAUAUGGCAGCAUAUAGUGCCACUUUGGCGAUUUUAGUCUUAGGUCCCAGCCUCAUUUCAAUCGUACACAACUACGGCUAUAUCUUUGUAAUGAUGCGUAAGAUUAGGUCCGGCGAGCCGAUACACGAUAAAGAAUAUGCAACUGCUCUGGCUGAAAAUUUAUCGAACCCUAGUCAUAUGAUGUCAUUCGCAUUAGUCUUUGCAUUCUGGGUGUCCUGGCUGCCAUGGAUUCUGUUGCGUCUGUAUGAGGUGGUCACGGGCGAUGUUAUCCAAAGUACUCUUAUCAACUUCGCCGUCGUCUGGAUCGGCAUAUUGAAUUCGUUUUGGAAAAUUCUAAUCAUGACCAGUAUGUCGCCGCAAUUCCGUAUCGCUUUGAGAGUAUUUUGCUUAACCAUUUGUUGUAAGACUAAGGGCCGUUUGCAAGCAGAGCUAAUCGGGUUGGACCCAGAUGACUAGAGUUAGAUUUAGAUUUUCAUUCUCCUCAAAAAAUAUAAAAUAAUAACCGCCAUCCCCUCCCCCCGCCCUAACCCAAUCCGACUAUCCCUUUGAGAAGAACUACGAAGUCCCGCAAGUAAAAAAAAUUGGUUGUAAUUGCAUUGAGCCAUUUCCUUAACUCUCUCUAUCUAUAUUUACACUUACUUGCCUGUUGCCAUAUAGUUGCAUAUUUACGGGCCGUUUGGCGCUACGCGACAUGCCAAUGAAAGCACCACCCACAAAGCCACUGAAAAACUCAAAAACGCAACCACUCAACCACCCAACCACCAUACAGCAACCACACAGAGACACCAAAAACACAGACACGUUGAAAGACAUAUUCAUAUUUCUAGACCUAAGCUAAGCUAAGAGUUUUUAGCGUAUCCAAUUAUGAUUGAUUAAUUGAUUGAUUGAUUGAAUUGAAUUGAUUGACGAUUAUUAUUGUGUAUUUAUGAGCUUACCACGUAUAUACUUGUACUUAACUCUAGCCAUAUACAUAUUGUAGCAGCGAUUCUAAUUCUAAUUCGUAGACAAGAGACAAUUCACUAGGCAAGAAAACAUUUCCGUUUCCGGUUUACAAUUCAAACAAUUGCUACUACAAACAAAUCGAUUUGAAUCAUAUGCUACUCAAGAAGCAAGAUAUUGCAUAUAUUAUAAACCUUUUUCAAAGUCCAUAUUAAGUAGCAUUUAGAAUUUUACAAAAAAAUCGAGUAGAGUUUAUUAAACAAUUUGCCAAACUUGACGACGGGCCGGAAAUUAAGAAUUCAAAAUUCAGAACAUUCAAUCUUCGCACGCUUUGCGAAUGCGCUUUAGAAACGGAAAACCCAGGCCCACUAAACGAUAUAAAACUCAACCCAGCAAAAAUGUUAAAAUACGAAAGCGAAAAAAAAACAUUUCCAGUAGUUCUUAGCGAUAAAUAAAUAAAAAGUGAAAAUGAAAAUUAAAGGAUAGGCUAGUGUCAAGUUUCGAUCGUUGUUAAAAUCGGCAGACGCAGAUGCAUGUAUUUUCCUUUUGGCCGCCCCUGAACGCUUCGAUUUGGUGGGGUUCCCAAUUUCGCCUAGUUCCCUUAGUGGGUCAAAUUCAGUUUCCCAGGCUCCGCCAGUGAAGCGUCCAGGGUCCCAAGUCGAGUGUUUGCUGUUGAAUAUUGUCGAUCUCUGCUGUUUUCGAUGAUAUCUCAGCUGCAAACAUGUCAAAAUGCGAAAAUAAUGAACGAAAUUCGAUUUAGGAAACGAAACAUUGUGUAUAUUUUGUUGUUGUACAUUUCAUUGACGAUCUUUUGUACAUUUAGUUAUAGUUCAAAACUAAUUAACACACCAAAAGCAAGUGUUAUCGAUUUUUAAGUGUAAGGAAAUUGUUAGAGCCGUAUAAGCAGAUAGAAAAGGCGUUUCGACAAAUAUAAACAAUGAACGCAGUAAAUAAAUGCAAAAAUGAUGAAAGCAAA